UUCCAGAAACUUCUCGCUGCAACUGAAGAGGCUUUGCCAGUACUCCAGGACAAUGUGCUCCCGCGGGUCUUGCCACGAUUAUGAGUCCUCCUGCCACGGAUCCCGCUCCUCCUGCCACGGAUCCCGCUCCUCCUGCCACGACUCGAGGCCCUCGUGCCACUACACCAUCCAGAGGCAGCCUGUGCAGAAGUUCAGCUACGUGACGCCCUGCUGCCCCCCGGUGCAGCCCUGCUACACCCCCGUGCAGCGUUACUGCCCCCCCGUGCAGCGUUACUGCCCCCCCGUGCAGCCCUGCUGCCCCCCAGUGCAGCGUUACUGCCCCCCAGUCUGUCCCCAGGUCACCAAGAACAUCUGCAAGCUGCCACCGUCCUACCCCAAGUACUGA